GAGCGAACACAAAUCGAAACAGCCGAAUCAGCCGGCACUGGCUGGCUGGCACGUUCCACACGUCGCGACGCCAGGACUGCGCGUUUAUUUUGCCUCUCAACAUGGCUGUUAAACCAAAGCUUACUUACUUUAACUGCCGCGGAUCCGGCGAACCGAUACGUUACCUUCUAGCUUACGGAAACACUGACUACGAGGACAUUCGUUUCGAAGAUGAAGAAUUUCCUAAACUGAAACCCAAUUUUCCGUAUGGUCAAGUGCCUGUUCUUGAAAUUAAUGGAAAAAUGAUUCCCCAAACUCUGGCCAUUUGUCGCUACCUCGCCAAGAGGAAUGGACUAUAUGGCAGCGAUGAUUUCGAGGCUAUGCAGAUAGAUGCUGUAGCAGACGCCAUUGUAGACCUAAGAAAUGCAUUCACAUUCUGCUACUGGAUUACUCCAGAAGAUCAAAGGCCUGCUCAUGAGGAAAAGCUGAAAAAACAGACUCUUCCGUUUUACCUAUCACGCUUUGAGAAAAGUUUACAAGAAAACAAUGGAUACUUCGUCAAUGGAAAACUGAGUUACGCAGACAUCUUCUUCGCUGGACAGGUGCAGCACUUCUCAGAUAACACGAAAUAUGACAUUACGGACGGUUACCCUCAGCUGAAGGCUCUUGUGGAGAAACUUACGUAUUUUAACUACCGCGGAUCCGCCGAACCAAUACGAUACCUGCUGGCUUAUGGAAAUAUAGAAUAUGAAGACUGUCGCUUCGCUGAUGAAGAGUUCCCGAAACUAAAACCUAAUUUUCCGUAUGGUCAAGUACCUGUUCUUGAAAUCAAAGGAAAAAUGAUUCCCCAAACCUUGGCAAUUUGUCGCUAUCUCGCCAAACAAUCUGGAUUGUAUGGCAAAGACGAUUUUGAGGCGAUGCAGAUCGAUGCUGUGUCAGAUGCUAUCAUAGACCUACGAAAUGCGGUUUGGCUGGCCUACUGGAUUACACCAGAAGACGAAAGAGCACCACUAGUUGAGAAGCUGACCAAGAAGACUCUUCCAUUCUACCUAUCACGCUUUGAGAAGACCAUACAAGAAAAUAAUGGAUACUUUGUCAACGGAAAUAUUAGUUAUGCAGACAUCGUUCUCGCUGGACAACUUGAAAGCUUAUCGGAUAGUACGAAAUAUGACAUCACGGACGGUUACCCUCUUAUCAAGGCUCUUGUGAAGAAAGUGGAGAACUUGCCACGAAUCAAAGCUUGGAUAGAAAAGCGGCCAAAAACUAUUGUGAGCACCGGAAUCUGCUACGGCAUAGUUAUGGCUUCUAAGCCAAAGCUUACGUACUUAAAUAUCCGUGGAUUUGCUGAACCAAUUAGAUACCUGCUAGCUUAUGCUAACAUAGAAUAUGAAGACCGGCGAAUUAAUCCCGUGGAUUUUCCGCAGGAAAAACUAAGUCUACCUUACGGACAAGUGCCAGUGCUCGAAAUAAACGGGAAAGUGAUCAACCAAUCCAACGCCAUCACGCGAUUCGUAGCCUCGCUGUGCGGACUGACAGGCAGCGACGACUUCGAAGCGUUCCAGAUUCACGCCAUGGCGGACACAAUUAUGGACCUCAGAAAUUUUUUUGGAGACAGUUUUUGGAGACCAAUUGAGCAAGAUGAAGAACAUGUGCAAGCACGAAAACAAGAACACCUUCGAAAUGACAUUAUUCCUUUCUAUUUAUCGCGAUUUGAGAAAACUGUCAAAGAAAAUAAUGGAUACUUUGUUAACGGAAAGCUGAGUUAUGCAGAUGUCAUGUUCGCAGCGUUAGAACUGCAUUUUUCCAACUGUCUCGAAGAGGAUAUCACGAGCAGCUAUCCCGUCCUUAAGGAACUUGUGGAGAAAGGACCUGUUCUUGAAAUAAAUGGAAAAACCAUUAAUCAAUCCAACGCCAUAGCCCGUUACAUCGCCAAACUUGGUGGGCUGACUGGCAGCGACGAUUUUGAAGAGCUGCAGAUUCACGCCUUCGUCGAUACCAUCAACGAUUUCAGAGACGCAAUUGUCGAUUGUUACUGGGGCCCGUCCAAUGAAGAUCAAUCCAAAAAGGAAGAAAAGCUGAAGAAGGAAAUUCUUCCUUUUUAUCUCAAGCGCUUUGAAAAGGCCUUGAAGAAUCAUAAUGGUUACUUUGUCAAUGGAAAGGUGACCUUACCGUUUGGUUUACUACCCGUUCUGGAAAUCAAUGGAAAGGUUAUCAAUCAGUCAACGGCCAUCUGUCGUUAUUUUGCCAAAAGGGCUGGGUUGGCCGGAGGUGAUGAAUUCGAAGCUUUGCAGAUUGAUGCUGUUGCCGAUUCCAUUGUGGAUCUGAGGAAUGCCUUCGUCAAUUAUUUUUGGCGGACUCCAGAAGCUCAAAAGCCCAGCACUUACGAAACACUGAAAAAAGAAAAUAUCCCAGUUUAUCUCUCUCAGUUUGAGAAGAUCCUAAAAGAGAAUAACGGUCAUUUCGUUAACGGAAAGCUCAGCUACGCUGAUCUUCUGUUCGCUGGAACUGUCGAGUAUUUCAACAACAUCAUAAAAUUUGACAUGACGGAAGGCUACCCAUUGGUGAAGGCGCUUGUGGAGAAACUAAGCUACCCUGAUCUCCUCUUUGCUGGUACAGUUGAGAGUAUGAACCACAUCAUGAACUUUGAAGUGACGGAAGGCUACCCAUUGGUUCAGGCGCUUGUGGAGAAAGUUCACAACAUCCCUCGCAUCAAGGCUUGGAUAUCCAGAAGACCAAAGACACUUCUUUGAAAUAUUCAUCAGCAGUUUUUCAAAUAAAUAAAUACGUUUCAACAAAUGUGUUUUUUCUUUUGUGUGGUUUUCUCUCAUUCCUAAUUAUAAAAAUUGCAUUUUUCUAUUGGGUCGAAGUCAGAUGAAAAAGUGUUUACAUACGGGAAAUGACACAUGUGUGUGAAAUGACAAAUCCUGUAUCGAGGAACUCACACGCCCAAGUGUUCGAUUAUAUCUGCUAAUUAUCCCAAAUAUUACUUCACGAUGUCCUUCAUAAAAUAGCUAUUUUCACAACGACCGCAAACGGAACCAGUAGUAAUAAAUAAUGG